GUCAGUAUGUUCCUGUCACUCACACAUUCCAACUAUUUUACUGCACACAGAGCACCAAGAUGAGAGACAUAACAGUUUGGAAUUGCUGGUUAGCAUCUUUUCUUGCUUUUCUCUCAGUUUGCCAGGGAGACCAGGACAUUGAAGUAAAUGUUGGCAUCCUACAUGUUUACAAACUGGACAUCCAGGAUUUCCAUAGAGAAUUCCAGGCACUGCAGAACAAAAAUGAAUUCAGCACUGAUGAUCCCAUGACAUUCCAUCCCAAGUUACAGAAUUUUCCUGACUUGCCUCGGUGGCUUCGGUUUAUCCAGCGUACUCCGUAUCAGAGUGCAUUCCUGUAUGGAAACCCUAUGCCAGAAGAUGCUGGACAGAUGACAAUAGAGGUAACUGCACUCAACAGAAGGGCAUACGAAACAGUACGACAGCGAAUCAUUUUCAAUAUUCAGCCAGAUACAGCACCUGCUCUUCCCUACCAGGUGGAGUUUUUCCUGAAGAAUCAGGAUGUGGAGGAAGUUUUGCCCACUGCUGUGCAGGAGAAGUUUAAAAAUGCAAUAGAAAGCCUCUGGCCAUCAGCAAACUUGAAGAUUGUUAACAUCACAUCUGCACUGGAUCGUGGUGGUCGUGUCCCGUUGCCUCUUCCUGGGCUGAAGGAAGGGGUCUACAUCUUGGUGGGAUCCAGUGUCCCCUUUUCAAAGUGUUUGGAAGAAGUCAUGAGUGAGGAGAACCAGAGAAGGUGCAAAUUGCAGAGCAGCCUGAACAGCUGCAACUAUACAAUUAGCUCUCAGUUUCUUGUCGACUGGUGCAAGCUCCGACAGCCUGACAAACCUCUUCCAACUGUUCCUGCUCCAACUCCAGGAGAUGGGAUCCUUAAAGAUGGUGGAGAGUAUAACCCCCCUGCAGAAUCGCUGAAAAGCCGGGACUUUUAUACAGACCAUCUGGUUACAAUGCUUGUACCUAUCUUGUUGGCUCUCUUACUCUUAAUUAUUCUGGCGUACAUCAUGUUCUGCCGCAGAGAAGGACUGGAAAAGAGAGAUGAAAGGACUCCUGACUUACAGCUAUUCCACCACCACACCAUUCAGGAUAACUACAGUGAACUAAGGAAUAUGGCUGACAACCGAGAAGUGCCACGGCCCCUCUCAACACUACCGAUGUUUAACCUUAGAACAGGAGACAGGAUGCCACCAUUACAACAGCCCUUCAGUACUGAUAGUUCACGGGUUCCUCUUGUCAUGGCUGAGCAACAGGCUUGACCAGAUGGAGAUGCUCUUUUUUAAGAAUGUAGCCAACCAAAGUCAUUAAAGUUGAAUAACCAUGACUUCUGCAUACUCAGAUCAAGUCAUCCACCCACCUCUGGCUGAAGAAGGUUUUCAUGGAACAAAAGAUGUCAGUCACAGUUCAGUUAAAGUAGCAACAGGCUUGAUUCCUGGCCAUAUUCUCCAUUAAGAAAUACAUUGUGGCAGCAUCAGCUUGCUGUAACCAUAGCCAUAUUUAGGCUAGGGUGACGGAAUGUUUGCCUUUUUUAAUAUUUACUUGUCAAGCUCAUGUCUGGUAUUCCCUUUCUCUGGUGGCAGUAAUUGAACACUGCAUAUUCAUCUCAUUUUUGUGUAGACGUGUCUGUCUGUCUAUCUACUUGGAAAUAUCACACUAUGAGACCCAUGGAACAGUUAUUAAAGUUGAAAUCAGCAACUUACACACACAUAUUUCUCCAUCAUAAAACACAUAUAAAGCAUCAUUACCCCUGCCAUAAGAGAAAUAAAUAAAUAAUAAAACAAAAGCUUCUUAUAAUUUGCUUACAAAGCUUGCCAUAACUAUGAAAAAGCAGGCCAGAGUUCCUGAAGAGGGCAUAUGCCCCUGCAGUUUAGAUUGACAAACACGUCUUACAUGUACGGCAGAAUACAGUGAACCAGAGAUGAUCUGCCUUAAACAGGUUUCAUUCAGAUGCACAAAACCCGAUUGCUCAUUUUGAGUUUGCCUGAUUAUGUCUGCUUGAUCCAUUGUUUAAUUGUGUUUUUGCUCAUUUCUUACUGUGGCAAUGUGUGUGGUCUCAAAUGUUGUUCUAUUAGUUGUGCUCCUAGAAUGCAGUGUCUUGGAGAAAGAACAAGGCAUUGUUUUGUAUUUUAUUUGAUUGCCAUUUCUCCAAUCAAAACCAUUUGUUAAAAGUUUGCGUGCUCUUCAAUUGAGUAAUUGACGCUUGCUCCUUGCAAAAAAAAAAAAAUGCUGCUUGUGAUUUUGUGAAUUUCAUAAUUGUGUGAAAUUAUUCUGCGAUUGCUCCUCAACAGUUCAGACUUUGAGAAGGACAUUUUCUCCAUUUCACCUAAAACUGGAAAUGAUUUUGAGACCUUCUAAGCUGACAGUACAAGUAUUUAAAAUGCCCUAUAUUUGGGGCCUUUUCCAUAAUUAUUUUUUGCAGUGUUUCUUUGGAGGUAAACAUUGAAAAUAUUGUUGUACUUGCUGUCAGUAUUUGUUGUUCUUUAAUUAUCUGUGACACUAUUUUGUUAAGAUAUGUAAGUAUAGCCAAGUAUGUAUCUACCAGAAAUAACACUGCAACUCCCAGUAAGAAGGUGCAUGUCAUAUUAAAACCAGUAAAAUGACAUUCAACAGCA